CUGGUGACUGGGUAACUGGACGGGGAUGGUAAAGUCGGAGGACGGAGGUUUAGGUUGCCGACAAAGCUCGAGCACUGACCUCCAGCCUAAAGAAGAACGUCAGAUGUAGAUUUACUUCAAACCAGGCAUCCCAAUCCCACCUACUUCAACUCCAUUUGACAUAGCAAUCCUCGCCAUGUCGAAGAGCGGGAUCAAUCUUGCAGUCACCCAAGAUGGAAGCCACUACAACAAACUCAAGAGACCAGAUGAUUACUUCGCCUCGCCGCCACUGCACCCUCCUCUUUGCUCACCAACUAAGAGGACCCUUGACCAAGCCGAAAUGAGUGAUGGAAACGACGAUGGCGAGCUCACCAUCAAACGACCUAGAGGAGACACGGCUUCGCAUUUGUUCAAGAAAAGAAACUCGAAGCCCAUCAUGCGCUCUAUGAACAUGGACACUGGCAUGCAGUCUAUGUUCCCCGGCAUUAUGGACGAAGAAGGCGAUUCCGAUGAGGCAACCCUCGAGGCGUUGGCCUAUCUUCGCAGUGUCAGGUCCGAAGCCCAGACGAUUCCUUCCUUACUCGUUGCAAACCCAACUCAAGAGACGCCCCAUCUCCCCGUAGACCCCAAUGACGGCAAUACUUCAGUCAUAUACGAAGAUGGCACUUGGAUUGCUUGUGACCGAUCGCGAGUGGAACAUCCAUCGCCAAGCCUGGACGGUUCCGUUGAGCUUGACCCCCAGGAGCAGUAUUACAGAAACCUACUCCGUAGAUAUGCAGCUCUCCGCGAAACUCUAUUCUAUGGCUCACAUCUGGAUCUGGACAAACGAAAAGCAUCGCAUCCCUCGAAGUGCACAGACUCUGCAACACCGCGGACUAGACACAAUUGGCUCUAUAGCCUUGACCGGGAAUAUCCAACACCUGCGCAAAUAUUUAAAAUGAACGAAGAUGACGUUUUCCGGGGCCUCAAAUACUGCGCUCAUAGUUUGGAUCGUUUUGGCUCCAUAUCUAAACAAAAGAGCUGCUGGAUAUGGGCUCUGUUGGCGAAGGCUCCCGAUUAUGGUGAUCUGGAUUACAGGCGCGUCGGCAGCAUUCGAGAUCUGGGACACAGGGCAGGCCAAUUCCGACUUCGACUUCCCGAUGAAGGAGAUGAAGAUUCGGAAACGGACUCAGAAUCAGAGCUCGAGGAAGGCGAACACAUUGCAGAUACAAAGGGUCAUGAAUCCGAACAUCCACAAACGGAGGAUCUCCAGCGCAAACCUGAAGAAGCAUCCAAUGAGCAAACAAAGGAAGGCGAUAGCGACCAUGGUGGUGAAAUGUCUAUAUCCGAAGAUGGUGAAGAUGGCGAGAUUUCCGAUGCUGAUGAGCCGACCACACUCGAGGAAGCGCGAGCAAGAUUACUCGCUCAGUUAGGCGAUCGCCUGGUGCGACCCCAAGAGAAGUCCAACCGAGAUCUGUCACAGUCUGUUCGAGAUGGAGUAGCCUCACCCGGGGGAUCUACUCAUCGCCACAAUGGAAAUGGUGACGCUGACCAGUCGCUAGAAUCUCGUCGAGACAGAAAGACACACGACGAGAAAGGGCAAAAUGCGAGUGGGCUUGAUUCUGAUGCUGCUGGAACCUCUAGUACGCAGCAAGCCAAAUAUUUCGCUUCGCGGACGGAAGCAGAAGACUAUCGCAAGCAACUUCUUACACGCAGUGGCAUCGACACUCCUAAGCCCAAGAAAGUGGAGAUAAUGCCCAAGUCAGAUAAUAUUGAAACCGUUGCCUGGAAUAGCAAAGUGACUAUCGACAUGAUACUCACUGUAGUGGCGGAGUGUUAUGGCCAGAAGGACCUCUUGCGCUUUAGGGGCAUUUGGGCCGAUUAUUGA